UUAUAUUUAACCGGGGCUCUUUCCCGGUUUUCUCGACAUAACCACGGUUUUAGAAGCAUACGCUAUUAAGAUGGCGGCGCGUUUUGAUGUUAUGGAUGGCAUUGAGGAAGAUUUGUUAUACCUUGACGAUUUAAAUCGUGACCGAAAUCGUGUUGGAGUGAUUGUGGAAAGGGGAAACCCUUUUGAAGAUUAUGGUGACAGGAAGUUUGAAGAGAGAUUUCGUCUGUCAAAAGAAACAGUGUGGUGGUUAUUAAAUCAAAUUAAUGAUAGGUUAGAAUUUCCUACUGAUCGGAAUAACCCUGUUUCUCCGAUAAACAGACUUUUGAUUACUUUAAGGGCAUAUGCAACAGGUGCAUUCAACAUUCUUAUUGGGGACAACAGUAAUAUACAUCGUACAACAGCACAACGAAUCAUCAGUGAUGUAUCAGACAUCAUAGCAUCACUGUCUCCUCGCUUUAUAAAAUUUCCAACAAGAGAAGAAGUGCGCUCUGUGAUGUAUGGUUUUAGUCAAUUGGACCGAUUUCCUGGCGUUCUUGGUACCUUGGAUUGUACCCAUAUAAGAAUUCAGUCUCCUGAAGGACAUAAUGCUGAACUUUUCCGCAAUAGGAAAUCAUAUUUUUCCUUUAACUGUCAAACCAUUAGUGAUCACAAUUUGUUAGUAAGAGACAUUGUCGCUCGAUGGCCGGGCUCUGUGCACGACAGUACCAUAUUUCUUAACUGCGCCCGCAGAGCUCAAUUUGAAAACGGAGAAAUACCACAAGGUCACUUAUUGGGAGAUAGUGGUUAUGCAUGUAAAUCCUACUUGUUAACUCCACUUCUAAAUCCGCAAAAUGAAGCAGAGCAUCGGUAUAACAGGUCUCAUAUUAAAACUAGAAACACUGUUGAGAGAAAAUACGGCAUGUGGAAGAGAAGAUUUCCCAUAUUAUCUGUAGGAAUAAGAUGUAAUCCACAGGAAGCAAUGUCAAUCAUUGUGGGUACAGCUGUCUUGCGUAAUAUUGCGAGGAGUACAAGCAGUGAUGAACCACCAGAAGAUCCUGAAAUUUCUCGACUUUUAAAUCAGUUACGUGAUGAGAGAGGCCCCAACAUUGAAGACAACGAAGAAGUGCUACCUGGACAGCAGAUGUAUCGUGAUGAUACAUUACCUGGAAGAGCAGUUCGCCGUGCUAUAAUUAAUGAACAUUUCCGAUGUAAUGAAAAAUUAUGAUUAUAGUUAUGGGAUUUCGCCGUAUUUUCAAUUUUUCAGAUUAUUUCAGCAUGUAAUCUAUUUUGUUUCUGCUGUCUAGCGAACAUAAAAGUACUCACUGAACUGGGUGUGUGAUGCGAAAUUUGAGGUUUUGUUGUGCCAGGGACAGGAUGUGCUGCCUACAGACAAUUACCCAACUGCUACUUUUCUGAGAUAUUUUUUUAGUGUGGAACUGUUGCUAAUUCAUUAUUAAAGAUAUAUUUCUUGCAUCACAUUGGUUGUGAAAGCAAUGCAGUACUCUGUUAUUUAUAUACACGUUCAGUUUUUGGGUAAGUGCUUAAAUUUGAGAACAAAU